CUGUGCACAUCGGUAAAGAAAGGAAGCCAUUAGAAAUGAGUGAUGAUAAUAACUCACCACGGCAACCAAAGAAGCGUUGUUCUUACUUCUCUGAUGGCCGUGAAGUUUUACAUCCAGAAACAGUCCUACGACAGAGAAUUGAGUUAAAUGCUGCUUUAAAUGCAGAAAUAUUAAGUCUCAUUGUCGAUACACUGAGUGUGGGAAGACAUCCAAUGCAAGAAGAUAUGACAGAAGCUCACUACCUCGAUGCUGAAGAACAAGUCACAAGCAAUGAUGAAAUGAAUUAUCAUUGUGAACUGUCAAGCACAGAAGGGUCGAAUGAAUCAUUUGCAGAUACUGCUAAUAUAGAUACGCCCAUGAAUUGCAGUGGAGAAAAUGUUAUGCCAGAACUUUCUGAUCCGGAUAAAAGGGCUAAGCGUGUAAAAUCUAUUCAAGAAAUACCUCGCAAUCUCGACCCAUUUUCAGAUUCUUCAGAUGACAGCGAAACCGAUAAAUUCGAAAAUGGCAGCAUAUCACAAUCAUCAAAAUUAGUAAAAAAUUUAUGUGGUCCUUGUGCUGCAUCUUUAUCACUUUCACAGCAAUUGGAAUCCACCAGUGAUACUGUUUCUGAAAUUUUUAAUUUGCAAGAGCUCAAAGAUUAUAUACUGACCGACGCUGAGAAUAUCAUGUUUCAAGAAUCUGGUAUCAAGAUUUGGGAGGUAAUUCUGAUAAUUUUUGGUAUUUCAACACGAUUCCAUCAACGAAAAGGAAAUUAAAAAAACACGAUACUAUUUGUAAUACAUGUUUGCGUAAGAUUACAUUAUCGAAGAAUUCACCCUACUACCAUAUUUUCUAUCGAUAGACGUAAAAUAUAAAACCAUUUCCUUAUUGAAAAUGGAAAUUGUUAGGAAAGGUUUGUUAAAUAAUUUAAAGAAUGCUAAUCCUACUGACUGCACUGAAGGAAUAAUGAAGGAUGUUUACGAUGGGCUUCUGUAUAAAAGAAUCGUUGCGCAAAUGAAAGAUGACUGCGUACUCUUAACGUUUUCAUUCGCCACAGAUGGGGCACCCUUAAAUGAAAGCACCAAAACGUCUUUUUGGUCAACGCUUUUAGGUAUUAAUGAACUGCCUCCACAGUUACAGUUCAAGUAUCCCUUGUUAGCAGGUUUAUGGAUGGGGGUAAAAGAACCUAAACCUGAGAUAAUGAAUCUUUACAUGGAAUCGUUCGGAUGUUCUUGGUGUUACUCUGAAGGGCAACAUUUACAUGGCUCAAUGAGAUAUUUGAUGGAAGAACACGAACCAGCUAAGAGAAGUCACUACAAAUAUUUGCUGGACAUGGACGCUGCUCAGAAGAUCAGACAAUCGUCUCUGAAAAGGGAAAAAGUAUUGUCAGUAAA